GGAUACGGCCCAGGCCCACCAACAGCAUCACGUCCACGGUCCACCUCCCAGUCACCACCGACGCCGGCGCCUCCCCCUCCCACCGCUCGCUCUCGCGCCCACCGGCGAAACUCCGGUGACCGGCAGCCACCCCAUCGUCUCUCGCUACCGGAUCUCUUCUCUUCCAUCGGCUGAUCCACGUGGGCGGCCGCGACCCUCUCUAGCCAUGGCUAAUACGCUGCGAUUGUAUCUGACUUGCAUCCGGAACACUCUGGAGGCUGCCAUGUGCCUGCAGAAUUUUCCUUGCCAAGAAGUCGAGAGGCACAACAAACCAGAGGUGGAGCUCAAGACUAGCCCUGAACUUCUGCUGAAUCCAGUGCUUAUAUGCCGUAAUGAAGCUGAGAAGUGUUUGGUAGAGACUUCGAUCAAUUCAAUCCGUAUAAGCUUGAAGGUUAAGCAGGCAGAUGAACUAGAAAAUAUUCUUGCAAAGAAGUUUCUUAGGUUUUUGUCAAUGAGGGCAGAGGCAUUCCAAGUGUUGAGAAGAAAACCAGUUCAGGGUUAUGACAUUAGCUUCCUCAUAACAAACUACCAUUGCGAGGACAUGCACAAGCAUAAGCUCAUAGAUUUCAUUGUGCAGUUUAUGGAGGACAUUGACAAGGAGAUCAGCGAGCUGAAGCUUUCAGUGAAUACACGUGGCCGGCUAGUGGCGACAGAGUUCUUGAAGCAGUUCAUAUGACUUGUCAGUCUGUAGCAGUGUUGAAACGUGAAUGUUACAGCAGGAUAUUCCCACCAUUUCGUAGUUAUGCCACCAUUCUGCAAGCUUCCAUUUCGGUUGGGUAGGAAGGUCAUCUGUAAAUUUGUUGUGAGAACAUUUUUCUUGUUUUUUUAGACCAAGUGAGAACUUUUCACUGUGUAUGGAAUGACAACUUUUCUCUAUAUAAUAACCAGAACUACCUGAUUGACAGCUGAA